ACAACGUGGCGUAAUCGACUCUAAAAACUAAGCCAUGUUUAUCCCACAAAAAUCCCUCGUAAUCGUGACAAGAAACUUUUGUUAUUUCGAAAAGACUGACGUGUACAAAUUCCCUUUCCCUAUUUUACCAUCACUCCUGUGUACCACAAUAGGCACGGCAAUAGCACGACCCACCCACUUACAGCGUUCCCUCUGGAGGGACAACAACAAAAAAGGACAGGCUUGACUCAAGUUUCCGGCAUGCCCGGUGGUUGAUGCAUAAAAACCAACCUUGGAGUGGUGUCGCAAACUAGUACUGGUAGUCAGAUGUUGUUCGAGGAAGGAAUAAACAGUGCCUGAUUAUAUUUUCGGGUCGUGAUUUGAUUGUAACUUUGUCAGAACGAUACGGAAAGAACCCUCAGGUUGUAUCGGUUGCGCAUAGUGUUACACGGACUGAACUCGGUAUUUUCCCGGUAAGAUUGAUUGUUCGUGAACUGAAACAGAAAGUUCUCACGUUCGGACUUCAAUCGUAGACUUCUACUCGGUAAAGCAAAGUACAUGUGCAAGGACUUAAAUCGGAAAGUCUCCCGGCAAGAUUUUGAGUGUGCCUGCACAACGGACAGUUAACCCUCAGUACGGAUUUCGAGACAACUUGAAAGCACUGAACCUAAAACUCAUUUGGAGAGAGUAUUGCUGCGUGCUAACAGUAAAGAUGGGAUUGUUGGCGGUGACUGCGGUAUUUCUGCUGGUCGUCGGCAUCGUGUCGUCAAUAAGUCUGGGCACGGGGCCAGACGCAACGGAGGCCCGGGCCGGAGAGACGGUGGAGCUCCGCUGCGAUGUCAACUACCGUAACGGCGAACCCAUCCUCUGGUACCACGAUCCGUCUAAAUCGUACGUGACUUACAACCGAGAUGUCUCCGAUACCUUAGACGCCGAUCGCAGGCAGCGAUACUCGGUCCGUGGCAGUGAGUACUGGCAUGUGUUUAAUCUCCGAAUCGAGAACCUGAAACCUACAGAUGAUGGGUUUUUCUACUGUGGGUACCUAGAUAGGGGGACUUUUACAGUUUUAGGCAGCGCCCGUUUGACUGUUAUCUAUCCACCUGAUGAAAAAUCACCCGUGUGCUCGUUCAACAUGUUAGACCAACCAAACUCCACCAAUGCAACUGUUGGUAGCAGUGUGGACCUGACUUGCAUGUGGACUGGGGGUAACCCCUCCCCUACUGCCGCGUGGUACCGACUAGAUGCGUCCAUGGAUACUCAUCAGGGGAAUGGUUAUGUCUGGAUGAGGAGGGAGCUAACGGAUGAGGAUAACGGUGUGGAAUUCAUUUGCGAGAUGGAAUCGGAAGGUUUGGACCAGAAGCGGAGCUGUAGCGCCAUGCCUCUGAGGAUACCACCGCGGGCGAUCAUCACGCCAUCCACGGCCUACGCUCGCGUCGGUGACACGGUGGAGUUUGUCUGUGAAGGGAUUGGCUUGCCGAGAAUCGUCUGGUAUACUUGGGAGGGACCGCCUGGCCUGACUAGGCGACAGGGGAGAUACGAGCUUCUAGCCGGCAACAGGGUGCUCCGUGUUUUCGCUGUGGAAGCUGAAGACGACGGUUUGGAGAUCACAUGCCGGGUGCGGACUUCGCGAGGGUUGGAAGCAACUGAGAGUGCGGUUCUCAGAGUAGUCCUGCCGACAACACCGGGCCCCACAACAGUACCAGAAACAACAACAGAAGCAGUACCGUCAACAACACUCAACCCCAACCCUGAAAAGGAAACAGCCAAAGUGACGACAGGAGUGAUUGACAGAGGUGCUGUGAGUCCAAAAAGUCCCAAGACAACCCCAGCACCGCCUCCCCCCGACGACAGCCAGCCGAUUGCCGCCCUGCCCAAGACCACCAUCAUCGGUAUCGGUGUAGCAGCCGGCGCGGUGCUGGUUCUCAUCAUCGCAGUCCUGAUCAUCUUCAUGAAGAGAUCGAGAAAGAGUCAGAUCCGGCGAGAUACCUCCAUCCAUCUCGUCAACAGCACUUACGAGACGGUGAUCGAGGGAGGUCGUGUCGUGGACCAAGAAAUCAGCCCUCCUCCUGGGUUCGAGAACUACGAUCGCCCGCGUCCCAUAGCCGCAGUGUCCCCGCUACCUCAGACUAAUUCUGCGAACGGAGUUAAACCAUCCGUGCGCUACGCUAAGGUCAACAAGAAGAAACCAAGAGACAUCGAUCCGCUCUACGACCAAGUCCCGGACGAAACUGCAGUGGAUUUGGGGCUCGGGAGUCCCACUCCGAGGCGGGAACCAACCUAUGUGAACCAGGGAGCCAUGGAGAUCAGGCAGGAACCAGACCCGAGGGGGUUUAAUGCGGAGGGUCUCACCUAUGCCGAGCUGGAAUUGGAUAGAGAGGGACGGCUACACUCCAAGAAAAGCCACACUUUGUACGCCAAACUCAAAUGAGAUAUUGACCAUAUCCGCUCCGUUCACAAGUACCCCCUCACCGGCAAAGAGAGUACAGUUGGGGGUGACCGACCGACGCCAUCUUGCCUAACUGCAAUUCAUUUGCAGCGAAGCGCGACCACUGCGUGUACGUCGGUCGGUCACCCCCAUCUGUGUCACACACAAGGAACGGUGCGCGUCAACCAGCGAAAUGUCCCACCCAUGGGAGGUCGUUGCUAGGUAAAAGGGCGCCCUCUUUGUCGGCGCACGGAGCUCAUAGGACAGAUCGUUGUUACUUAUUAUUAUUUAAAUCGCCUGUGACUGUGAUUUUUAAAAGCGGAGUCCAUUCUUAGAAGAACCAGCCAGAGGGUGUUAACGUUCCAGUAGGUUUGCCUUUGCCGUCACCAAAGUGGCUUGACAAAACAGAGGAACCAAUCACUUUUGAAAUUACAGGUUGGUCCUAAAAGGUUUACACUUUUUCAGACGCACAUUUCUCAAAAUUGGG